GCCGUGUCCUCUCACUCCGGGAGCGCAGGCUCCAAGUCCGGAGGCGACAAGAUGUUCUCUCUCAAGAAGUGGAAUGCGGUGGCCAUGUGGAGCUGGGACGUGGAGUGCGAUACGUGCGCCAUCUGCAGGGUCCAGGUGAUGGGUAGAGAAAGGGUGUGGCCGAAGAACUAAAACUGGGUCAUUUGAUGGCAGCGAAGAGAAGCCACUUAGAUGCCUGUCUUAGAUGUCAAGCUGAAAACAAACAAGAGGAUUGUGUUGCUGCACCAGACCCCACAGCUUUCCAAGGUCACAUGAAGCCCUGAGUUGGCUGCUCUAUGCAAGGUCGUGGUCUGGGGCGGCUCUGAGUGAUCUCCGUGGAGGGAAGCUUCCUGGCUUCGUGAGGGAGUAUUGGCAAAGAUGUCGAGGGGCCGCGCCUGAAACUGCACUGCUCUGGGGCUCAACGCGGAAGAAGGCUCCUUCACAUUCAGAUGCCACUCAAUAGAUUGUGUCCUCAGGACAGUUGCAACCACAUGUGGAGAAGUGGUGUUUUUUUUCUGCUUAUGUCACUUCAUGGGAUGUUUUGGGUCAAGAUGACCCCCGCCCCUCCUUUUCUUAGCCUAGUACUUUAGUUCUCAGACUCCUGGGAACUAGGAAAGCCAUAACUGGACAGUCUCUACAGGCUGUUCAGCAUGCAACUGGCUGUGAGAAAGCCACAGCCCACUCUGAAGGCCACAACGUGAGUCCCCGAGGGCCUCUGGGAACAUGUCUCAGGACUCAGAGUUCAGAGCAUCCCCUUCUGAAACCUGCUCUGAGUCGGGCUGCUAGAAGAAAACCUCUCCUACCUCUCACAGUUCCUCUUCCUGACCUGGCAUUCCUAGGAGUUUACAUAGCUUGAGCCUGGUAGGAGUCAUGUAAAAUUAGAACCAGUUUAAUACAAUAAUGCUGUGAGCAACAAAUAGUAUGUCACCUUAUCAUGACUCCUUUCCUUUGGAAAGUGGUAGCUGUGUAUUCAGGGAGCCAGUGUGUGUGGAAAAGGCCCCCAUGAAGAACAAGUAGCCCCCGCAGGUAUCUCAGGCUGCUUUCCUCCUGGUGAAUGGGAGCAUGACCUGCGGUGUGCCCUUCCCUGGCCAGCUAUACAUAGCCAGCAAAGCUUCUUACAAGAGAAACGUCUUUCUGUACCCUCCACCAGUCCCACCCGCGGACUAGGAGACUUGCUGUAAAUCCUCUGGAAGCUACUGAACCUGCAAGGGAAACCAGCCAGUGGACCCCAGACCCGACCAAGUCUCCACCACAGCCUUCCCUCCUUCCUUUUCUUUUCCUGGGAGCAUACCCUGUGUCCAGCCAUGGUCGACAUGGGGGGUCUGGACAACCUGAUCGCCAACACGGCCUACCUACAGGCCCGGAAGACCUCGGAUGGAGACAGCAGGGAGCUGCAGCGGCGGCGCCGGAGCCUGGCACUGCCCGGGCCACAGUGCUGUACCCAGCUCCGCCAGUCCCUGCCCCAGGACUUCAACAACCUGUGCGAGCAGCAGCCCAUCGGCCGCCGCCUCUUUCGGGACUUCCUGGCCACAGUGCCCCCGUACCAAGGGGCCGUGGCCUUCCUAGAGGAGGUGCAGAGCUGGGAGCUGGCUGAGGAGGGCCCCGUCAAGGGCAGCAUGCUGCAGGGGCUGGUGGCCACUUGUGUGGCUGCCCCUGCUCCAGGGCACCCGCACCCCUUCCUUAGCCCGGCUCUGGCCACCAAGUGCCAAGCAACUACCACCGAGGAAGAGCAGAGAGUCCUGGUAGCACAGGCCAAGGCUGAGGUCAUGACCUUCUUGCAGGACCAGCCCUUCCAGGAUUUCCUGGCCAGCCCUUUCUAUGACAAGUUUCUACAGUGGAAAGUCUUUGAGAUGCAACCGGUGUCAGAAAAGUACUUCACUGAAUUCCGCGUCCUGGGGAAAGGUGGUUUUGGGGAGGUAUGUGCUGUCCAAGUGAGAAACACUGGUAAGAUGUAUGCCUGUAAGAAACUGGAUAAGAAGCGGCUGAAGAAGAAAAAUGGUGAGAAAAUGGCUCUUUCAGAAAAGGAAAUCUUGGAAAGGGUCAGCAGCCCUUUCAUCGUCUCUCUGGCCUAUGCCUUUGAGAGCAAGUCCCAUCUCUGUCUGGUCAUGAGCCUGAUGAAUGGCGGAGACCUCAAGUUCCACAUCUACAGUGUAGGCACACGGGGCCUGGACAUGAGCAGGGUGGUCUUCUACUCUGCCCAGAUGACCUGCGGACUGUUGCACCUACACUCUCUCGGCAUUGUCUACCGGGACAUGAAGCCUGAGAAUGUGCUUCUGGAUGACCUCGGCAACUGCAGGCUGUCUGACCUGGGCCUGGCCGUGCAGAUCCAGGAUGGCAAGCCUGUCACACAGAGGGCUGGAACCAAUGGUUAUAUGGCUCCUGAAAUCCUAAUGGAAAAAGUGAGUUAUUCCUAUCCUGUGGACUGGUUUGCAAUGGGAUGCAGUAUCUAUGAAAUGGUUGCUGGACGGACACCAUUCAAAGAUUACAAGGAAAAAGUCAGUAAAGAGGAUUUAAAGCAAAGAACCCUGAAAGAAGACGUCCAAUUCCAACAUGAUAACUUCACAGAGGAAGCAAAAGAUAUUUGCAGACUCUUCUUGGCUAAGAAACCAGAGCAACGUUUAGGAAGCAGAGAGAAGUCUGAUGAUCCCAGGCAACACCCUUUCUUCAAAACCAUCAAUUUUGCUCGCCUGGAAGCUGGCCUGGUUGAGCCCCCAUUUGUGCCAGAUCCUUCAGUGGUUUAUGCCAAAGACAUUGCUGAAAUUGAAGAUUUCUCUGAGGUUCGGGGAAUCGAAUUUGAUGAUAAAGACAAGGUGUUCUUCCAAAGAUUUGCAACAGGUGCUGUCCCCAUAGCAUGGCAGGAAGAGAUUAUAGAAACAGGACUGUUUGAAGAAUUGAACGACCCCAACAGGCCUGCAGGUUGUGGGGAUGGUAAUUCAUCCAAGUCUGGUGUGUGUUUGUUAUUAUAAGUUGUUUUCUCUACCAGAUGGGCAGCAGGAAUCUCAGCUGACAUAAUCCUUGAAUGUUCCUAACACAUGAAAAUCUGUUGAAUGAGGACUGAUCAAUCAGGAGGGGCAUUUCAACCAUAGAACAGUUCAAAGGACAGGUGAGCUUACCACUAGGACACAUUUUUCUCCCCUCCCCUCCACCUCCCCACUCUUUCCGCUCUCCUCCCCUUUCUCUCACUCUCCACCCUACCCCUUACCUCCUCUCCUCUUCCCCUCUUCUACCCCUUUUCUCCUCUCUCUCCUUCCCUUCCUCUUCUUUCCUCUCCUUUCUUCCUCCUUCCUUCCUUCUCUCUCCCUCUCUCUCUCUCUCUCUCUCCCCACCUCUUUCUUCUUUCUCUCUUUUUUCAUAAAGAUGAGUAAAGUCUCAGUUUUCAUUGAGGCCUGGGAAAAGGAACAUUCAGGUUUAUUUUGAUAAACUAAAAGCAUGAGCCCGCCACCAUCAUGUCCCUGAAAAUUACACAAAGUCCUAGGAAUAGAGAAUGGAACGUUGUGGUAAUGCUCAGAAAAUGAGCAUUUGCAAUUCUUGGUAAAUAAUCAUUUUAGUUUUUCUUUGUUUAUAUCCUUUCUUCCCUUCAUCUUUCAGUAUUUCUUUUGCCUCUGUAGUUAUAAAAAGGAUUUGAAAGCUGGAAAUAAAUGUUCCUUAUAUCCUCCCCCUAAAAAGGAGUGGAUUGUAAUAUUUGGGCAAUAUUUAAAAUUACAGAAUAAUUUUUAACUUACCGAAAGUCUCGUUGUCAUGUUCCGGCAGUAUUUUACCAUUAUAAUGUUGAAGCAUUUUAAACAUAAACACUCACGAGAUCUGUGAAUUAAAGUAUUCUGUAAGUUGAGUCCUUUAGGUAACAUGCUACAAAUUGCUUACAUGUAUUUUUCCACAUGCCAUUAGUUCCCAAACUUUGCUGAACUUUGGAAUCACCUAGGGAUCUUUUAAAAGUACCAAUGUCUGACUCUUACCCCCAGAUUUUAAUUGGUCUGGGGUGCAGUCUGGGCAUCUAGAUUCUCAAAAGCUCCCUAGGUGCUUCUAAUGUCCGGCAAGUUUGAGAACCAUGCCACAUAGGCUUAAAUGCUGUUAUGUAGGGUUCUUGUUUGGGUUGCUCAAGGUUUCAACUGUACAUUUGGGAGCAACUUUUGGGGGGGGGGGUAGCAACUUUUCAAAUACCCCCAAAACACAUAAUUUUGGCAGUUGCAGUAUAUAUGAAACUGAAGAUAAUCUGUAUUCAUCCUGUAGACUUUCCUGUCCUUGUACACUGUAGUUCUUCACACAUAUCUUGUGAAGUAGGCUUUUGGCUCUAAGGCUCUUGGCUCUUUCAAGACUUGAAUGAAGGAGAAAUAUAGGCUUUGGCAGCUGAUUUAAACAAAUGGUAGCCCUCAUUUCAAGUGGCUACCCAGCCAGAACUUUAUUGUAGAAUUAGCACUUCUCAUGAGCACAGCCAAAGUGAAAAUUCUAAGGGUGCAAAAAAAUAUUUGGGGCACAAAUAAAUAUAAAUCUGAGGUGAUUAUACUUAAAGAAAAAAAGGGGGGCACCUGGCUGGUCAGCUGGUAGAGCAUGUGACCCUUGACCUCAGAGUGGGGUUGUGACUUCAAGCCCCAUGUUGGGCAUAGAGCUUACUAAAAAUAAUAAUAAAAUGAAAUUUUUAAAAAGGGUAAAAAAAGAUGUAUGUGUGCAUUAGGAAAUCUCACUUGUCCCAGUGGUGAGAAACCUGGCUGAAUCAUUUUAAAAGUUUUCUCUCUUGAUUAAGGGAGCCAAGAGUUGCAAAAACACUGGUCAAAAAUAUUUGGUUAACUGGAAUCCAGCUAACAAUAAUCCUCAAUUAUAAGACAGCAUUAACCAUAUCCUGCAGGAGUAGUAAGAAAUCCUCUUGGACUUAAGUCCUGGGUUAGUUCAUCUGCUACUCACCCUUCUGCUCAUUCUCUAUCCUCAGCAAGUUUUUGAUGCUCCAAAUCCUGCUCUGGAGACACUGCAGAGUCCUGGGUCAUCAAAGCAGAUACAGGUGUGUCCAGCAGAUUCUUUUUCCUAAGACAAGAAAGUAGAUUAAAAUUUGAUGAAAUUUGUAACAAGUCUAUUUUAACAAAAAAUAAAAUCACAAGACAGAA